AUGAAUUAUAAUGAUUGUGAAAUUUUACCACCAAAUUUAUCUGUUCUUAUUGACGCAAUUUCAUCAGAAUCAGAGAAAACUUCAUAUGAUCCAAUUUCAAAUGUAGACACGACAAUACACCAUACAAAUGAUUCAACAAUACCUAUGGAAUUGGAUCAUUCAUAUAAUAGUCAAAAUAUACAGUCUUAUAGUCACAAUAUUGAUGAUGAUGAGGAUAAUAAUAUGGAUCACUAUAAUCUUUAUCAAAUUGAGCAAUCAUCACAUCAACAAAAAGACAUGGAAAUUUCAAAUUCUGAGCCUUUAGAUAAUAUAAAUAAUAAUAAUAAUAAUAAUGAUAAUAUACCAACUACAACUACAACUACAACUACAACUACAACAUCAACAUCAACAUCUAUUGAAAUUAAAAACCUCAGUGAUAGUGAUAGUAUUACCAUAAAUAAUAAAAUUGAUGGCACAGCUGUAAAUAAUCAAAAUAAUGGUAAAAUAAAUAUUAAUAAUAAUAAUAAUAAUUAUAAUAAUAAUAAUAAUAAUGAUAAUAGCAAUAGCAAUAGUGAUAGUAAUAGUAAUAAUAAUAAUAAUGAUAGCAAUAUAAUUAAUAGCAAUAAUAACAUCAAUAAUGGCGAAGAUAAUAAUUCAUUUAAAACUUUUGAAAUUUCAAAACUUCCACUAAGAAAAAGACAUUUGGUUCCUGAUAGUGUUUAUUAUAACUUUUAUCAAAAUGUUUUAGUCUCACCACAAUCACCUCCAUCAUGCAAUAAUAAUAAUAAUAAUAAUAAUAACACUAAUAAUUGCCAAAAUAGUAAAAUAAAUAUUAGUAUUAUCAAUCCACAUCAAAAUAAUGGUAACAACAACAACGAUAACAAUAACAAUAGUAAUAAUAUUAAUUGUAAUGGUUCUGAUGGUCGUAAUAGUGUAGAAACAACAUCACCAAAACUUUCAUCAUCUACAUCAUCAAAUUCAUCAUUUGAACAAGAAGAUAUGGAACAGAGAGUACCUUCUCCAAGUCAUUCUAAUCAUCAACACCAAAAUGGAAUAUCGGCUUCAUCUGAUUUUAUAAAGCCCACUCCAUUUUUUGUAGAUAAUAAAAAUAAUAAUAAUAAUAAUAAUAAUAAUAAUAAUAAUAAUAAUAAUAAUAAUAAUAAUAAUAAUAAUAAUAAUAAUAAUAAUAAUAAUAAUAAUAAUAAUAAUAAUAAUAAUAAUAAUAAUAAUUUAAACAACAAUAGUUUAAACAAUGAUAACUUAAACAAUAAUAAUUUAGAUAAUAAUGAGAAUAAUAAUAAUAGUAAAAAUGAAAAUAAUAAAAAUCAAGGUUCAGAUAGAUUGGUUAAUGAUAAUAAUAGUAAAAAUGAAAGUUUAGAUAAUAAUACAGUUGCAACAAUACAACCACACCAACCAAAAAGUUUAGAAGAGGAUGAUGUGGAUGUUGAAGUAGUGGAUGAAGAAGAAAGUAAAAAUAAAGUUAAUGGCAUCUCAAAUAAAGUUGAUAAUACUUCAAAUAGUGAUGUUGAGGAGAAACCAGUUGUAAAGUUUAGAAAGAAUAUAAAUAAAAAUAUUGGAAUUGAUGAUGACGAUGACGGUGAUGACGGUGAUAUGUCUGAGGAAUUGCCAAUACCACAAACAGUAACAACAACACCACAAACAUCACCUCAAACAUCACCACAAACACCUCUAACACCAUUAGAUCCUUCACCCAAAUCAGCAUCUCCAAAAUUAUAUAACACAUCACAUCAAUCAUCAAAACCCAUGUCACCAAAAAUAAAUGUAAACACAUCACCACCAACCACUAAUUCAAUAAUACCUUCACCAAGAUCACACUUACCAAUACAAUCAACAACAACUACAACUACAUCACCUUUACCAAUAAUAUCAACAACAACAACAACAACACAACUAGAAAGAAUCACUCAAAGUAAACAACAAUCAAACUUUGAACAUAAAAAUAUUUCUACAUUUAGUAGCAAUAAUAUAGAUUUAAAUGAUAAUUUAAAUAAUAAUAAUAAUAAUAAUAAUAAUAAUAAUAAUAAUAAUAAUAAUAAUAAUAAUAAUAAUAAUAAUAAUAAUAAUAAUAAUAUUAAAAAUGGAAAUAACAAUUCAAUAAAUAAUACACCAAUAAAAAAACUUACAAUAGAAAAAGAGGAAGGAGAAGAUAAAGAGGUUAUUAUUGAUUCACCACAGAAAGUGGAGUCACCUUUAUCAUCUACCACAACAUUACUUCCAAUAACACCACCAAUAGCUCCGAUUAUAGCAAAUGGGAAUCAAAACAAAAAUAAUAAAAAAAUUUCAUCCUCAGAAGAUUUGGAUGUUGAUAUUUUGGUUGAUGAUGAUGAAUCAACUAAAUCUGUAAAUAAAAAUCAUCUUAAAAAAGAACUUAUAAAUAAUCAUCAAAAUAACGCAAAAGAAAAAGAUGUAUUACAAGAAAAAGAUAAAAUAAUACAAUUUGAAAAAGAAAAGGAAAAAGAAAAAGAAAAGGAAAAAGAAAUAGAGAAAGAGAAAGAGAAAGAAAGAGAAAGAGAAAAAGAAAAAGAAAGAGAAACAGAAACAGAAACAGAAAAAGAAAAAGAAAAAGAAAAAGAAAAAGAAAAAGAAAAAGAAAAAGAAAAAGAAAAAGAAAAAGAAAAAGAAAGAGAAAAAGAAAGAGAAAGAGAACGAGAAAGAGAAAGAGAAAAAGAAAAAGAAAAAGAAAAAGAAAAAGAAAAAGAAAAAGAAAAAGAAAAAAGAGAAAAAGAAAGAGAAAGAGAAAAAGAAAGAGAAAAAGAAAAACGUGAAAAAGAAAGAGAAAGAGAUCGUGAACAAUUAGAAAUACAACAACGUGAACAACGUGAAAGAGAACGUGAGCAACGUGAGAAAUCUCAAGAAAGAGAAAGAGACCGUGAACGUGAGAGAGAUCGUGAGUUACGUGAAAAAGAAAGAGAAAGAUUACAACUGAUUCGUGAACAACAAUUGUUAAAACAACAACAAAUUGAAAGAGAAAAACAAAUGCUUCGUGAACAAUUAUCAAAAGAGAUAGAAAUGGAAAGAUCUCUCGGAACUAUUAACAACAAUAAUAAUAACAAUAACGAAAAUAAUAAUAAUAAUAAUAAUAAUCAUAAUAGUAACGAGAAAGAUGUUGAUAUUGAAGAUGAUCAAUCAUCAAAUGGCAAUGGAGAAAUAUCCAGAUAUAGUCAUCGUGAUGGUAGCGGACAUCAUCAUCAUAAACAUAGACAUCAUCACCAUAAAAAGAGAUCACAUAAACAUAAAGAUAGAAAAGAACAUAGAAUAAAGAAACAAAGAACUAAAGUAUCUGAUCUUCCAAUGAAUGUACAUGAUUCUGAUCAAGAAACCGAGGAUUCUGGUCCAGAUGAACAAGCAAAUUCAAUCAACAUCAAAGAUGACAAAGAUCGUCUCUAUUGUGUUUGCCAGAAAAAAUAUGAUAAAACUAAAUUUAUGAUUGCUUGUGAUCGUUGUGAUGAGUGGUAUCAUGGGGAUUGUGUAUAUAUUUCAGAAAAGGAUGCAAAAAGAAUUAAAUCUUAUGUUUGUGCAAAUUGUAUUAAAAAGAAAGAAAAAGAACGUAAUGAAAGAGAAAAAGAGAAAUUAAAAGAAAAAGAACGUUUUGAAAAAGAUCGUAGUAUUUCAAAUGAUGAUAAAGAAAAAUAUAAUCAACAAUUACAACAUCAACAACAACAACACCAUCACUACCAACAACCACCACAACAACACCAACAACAACAAUUCCCAUUAACACAACAUAUUGAUAUUAUUAAACCGAAUUUAAUUACUAAUGCUGUAUGUUCACCAAAAUUAUUUGGAUCUGAAAGUAAAAAAUAUUUAAAUUCACCAAUUUUAUCACCAUUAUCACCAUCUUCACCUAUACUUUUUUCUCAAGUUCCACCAAGUCCAGAGAAAUACUCUCAAAAUGGUACUCUAAAACCAAGAAAAUGUUCAUACGCAAAAUGUUUCAAUAAUGCUUUACCCACUUCAAAGUAUUGUAGUCAAGAUUGUGGUGUAGCAAAUGCAAAAGAUAUGAUUGUCAAGAGUGCCACUUUUCAAAAGAACUUGGGCUCACAAGCAAUAGCUGCUGCUCCAGCUUCACCUUCUCAAUAUAAUGUAGAAAAAGAACGUCAAAGAGAACGUGAGAAAGAAAGAGAUCGUGAACAACGCGAUAAGGAAAAAGAUAAAGAAAGAGAAAGAGAGAAAGAAAGAGAAAAGGAAAGAGAAAGAGAAAAGGAAAGAGAAAAGGAAAGAGAUCGCGAACAAAAAGAAAAAGAACGUGAGCAAAAAGAAAGAGAUCGUGAACAGCGUGAAAAAGAACAAAAUUUAAAUAUUACAAUUCCAAGUAAUAUUACUACAACUCACAAUGUAAUCAUUAAUAAUCAACCAUUACAACAACCACAGCAACCACCACAACUAUCGCUUCAACCACAAACACAGUCACAACAACAACAACAACAACAACAACAACAACAACAACAACAACAACAACAACAACAACAACAACAACAACAACCACCACAACAACAACAACCACCACCACAACAACAACAACAACAACAACAACAACAACAACAACAACAACAACAACAACAACAACAACAAAAUAAUACCAAUAAUAAUAAUAAUAAUAAUAAUAAUACUAACAAUAACCAAUUAAGUUCAACAGAACAAACUCAAAAACUUUUAUUAUCAUCUGAUACAGACUCUGAAAAAUUAAAAUUAAUUUCUUCAAAGAGAUUGGAAGUUGAAGAUAAACUUAAAAUUUUAGAGAAAAAGAGUUCAGAACUUGAAAAAACAAUUCUAAUGGCAAAAUUAAAAUUUGAGUCAUCAAAUUCAGAAAAAUGUAAUUUAAAAGAUAAUUUGUAUAAUAAUAGCAGCAACAACAAUAAUAAUAUUAAUAAUAAUACUAGCAAUAAUAGCAAUAAUAAUAAUAGCAACAAUAAUAACGAUAAUCAACCAAAUCAAAACUGUUUAUUUCCAAUUAAAGAUUCACCAAAUGGUUAUUGUGGUUUGAUUCAAUGUGCCAAACAUGAGGGUUGGGAGAAAAAGAGAAGAGAUACAAUUAUUAAAGAACAAAACUUUCAUACAAAAACUUUAAGAGAACUAUCACUUGAAGAAAAACAAAUCCAUCAAAGAUCUGCCAGAAGAAAUAAAAUUCAACAAAAUAGUAUGAAUGCCGAUAUCGAAGUUUAA